UCAAAUGGAAUGUUCAUGGAAAUAACAUAGGUGAAAGAAAGAAAUACCCUCCUAAAGUUGGUGCUUAGGCACAGAAGACAAUACUAUUUAUGUUCCCCCAACUAACCCCUCCUAAUUCUUAGUGUCUCAGGGCCUAAAAGGCCUAAAAAUUGAAGCAACUUUAUGUUUCAUGGAAUCCCAGGCGGCAGUGACAGGAAGAUAGAAAUGGUAUUGCUAUGGGCUUUGGUGCUGUGUACCUGUGCUGAGACAUAAAGGCUUGCCAGGCCUUUACAGGUGGAGACACCACAGUUUAUGCAGAAAACACCCCAAACUGGUAUAUUUCUCCUUUUUGAUGAUUUGGAUGGGACAGAGACACAAUACUGGCGUUUCGUCCUCUUAUGCUUUGCAGAUAUGAGAGAGAAACCCAGUACAGAUAGAGCCUUUAUGAUUCUUUGGACAUGAUAUAAAAUGUGAAUGGGUUUUGACCCCUUCCCCAAGUUAAGUCUAUCUCUGUUUAUGUGUAAGAGGUUGAUGAGCCCUUGUACCAGAGAGACCUGUGAGAAAAUGGCAGGAGAACAACCAGAGACCAUUGUGGAGGAAAGAGAAGAGCUCAUGGUCCCACUCACUACUGAUCCAAACCCAACUCUCAGAACUGCCCAUUUCCUCAAACCUUCUCUGGCUUCCAUCAACCAACAGCCUCUCUUCAAACCUCCUUCUCUUUCCUCUCCACUGACUGAUUUUGAACCUGGUGAAUGGCCGUUGAAGCUGGUUUUCACUGGGUGGAUAGACCCACAAAAGAAUUGGAAAACUUGGGUUGAUCAAAUGCAUCCUCAACACCAAUCUACAUGGAGGAAAGCUGGAAUUAAUGAAGCAAUCAUGUGUUCUACUUACAAAACCCGACGAAACCAUGAUCUGUUUUGGGGCCUUGCAGAGAGGUGGUGUCCUUCCACCAACUCAUUCAUCUUUCCUUGGGGUGAAACUACAAUCACACUGGAGGAUAUCAUAGUUUUGGGGGGUUUCUCUGUUAUAGGUGAGCCUGUUUCCAAGCCUCUCGAAACAACUGAGUUGAUGAAACUUGAAGAAAACCUAUUGAAAUUGCUAACACAGUUAAAGAAAACCUUGAAGUCCUGCCACCAGGAAUGGAUGAAGCGAUUCAUGGGUAAGGGCAGUGAAUUGGAGCACAUAGCCUUUCUUUCCCUGUGGUUAUCAAGGUAUGUCUUCGGCCAAAAGUUUCCAAAUGCUAUUGGUAGGAAUCUACUUUCUGUGGCAAUCCAUCUAGCUCGUGGCACCCGGCUUGCGCUUGGGCCUGCAGUUCUUGCUAGCAUUUACAGAGACUUGAGUUUGUUGAAGGAAACAAUUAUAGCUUCAACAGAAUUACGGAUGGAUGGAAGUGAUGGUGAUGUUUUAUCACUCGCUCUCCAGGCUCCUCUUCGCCUGGUUCAGAUUUGGGCUUGGGAGAGGUUUCCCGGGCUGCGGCCAGAGCCUAAUGCCAUGAAUCAUGGUGAGCCAAGAAUAGCCCGGUGGCAUGGAUUGAAAAGGUUGAAAAUUGAGAAUGUGAGGAUGGUUUUAGACUCUGCUCAAGACUGUUUUCAAUGGCGGCCUUAUGCCACCACAAUGAGCAAUUGGUCUUUCCCCAAGUUUUACAUUGAAAAAGAAGAGUGGAUGGUGGUUGAUCCGUAUUUGGAUCAAGAAUUGCAAUCAUUUGCUCAAUGCCUAAGGGUCUGUGAGCUGGUUGGAAUAGACUGUAUAGAACUGUAUCUCCCUCAUCGUGUAGCAAUGCAAUUUGGAAUUGAUCAAGAUCUUCCAUGUACUGUCACUAAAUCCCAUGAGAGUCCUGAAACUGCCUGGAGUAAUUACGGUAAGCCGAUUUGGAAUGCGAAGUUGUAUGUUCCAUCUCGACUGUUUGAGGGCGAUGUUACCACCCAAUACUUGUCAUGGUGGAAGCAGUCCACUUGGCCUUCACAAGCUGCCUUUACGGGUGUCAUAAGGCAGCCAAGAAGUUUGCGGAGAAGUAGAAGAUCUCUAUGGGGUUCAACAGUUAAGAAAGAGGUUGAUGAUAAUGCUGAGGUUCCUCCUGGUUUUCUUCAUAAAUACAAUAUGGUGUACCCCAGGACUUCUGAAAGCUAUCUCAGGAGUUCAAAAGGAAAGAAAGGAGAUAAUGAUGGCGAUGUUCCUCGUGGUUUUGGCCACAGAAGCAACCUGAUACAUCAGAUAGAAAAAACUAUGCAGAAUGAAGCUGUGCCCAGAUGUUCAGAGGGAGCUGCUGAAGCUGCUAAUGAGAGUGAUGUUUAUAAUACUCCAAAAAUGAAUGAUAAUGAAGGACAGAACAGGAGCUACAAAGCAGUUGAGAUUCCUGGACUGGAACUUGAAGCUCGUAUUAGCAGGCUUGAAAGAGUGAUUGCUGAGCUGAAAGCAGAAAGAUUGGCUGCACGUUUGACUAGCAUCACAAAGCAAUAGUUAACAUGGUUACAGAUGAUAAUCAUGUACAGAUCUUGGCUGGUGAGGAGCAGUGGGAGAGACUGUGAAUAUAUCCAACUGAGUGAGAAGACUAAGCAGAGAAAAGAAGCUGAUUAAGGUGUU